GGAAGAAAAAGAAAUUCCAUUGCAGAAGUAUUAAGUUGUUAUUAUGUUAUAAUAGGUUGAAUUGCGAUGAUCUGUUUCUAUUUAACGUGUAACAAGGGAUUAUAUGUUUAAUGUGGAAUUCCAACUGCUCGUCAAUUUACAGGUAAAAUAUAAAGCAGUAUAUGAGAUAAAACAAAGACAAAAAUACACACAAAAAGCAACUGUAGCUAGAGUGCACCUGUGCCUUUCUCUCAUUUGUUGUAAUAAUACAUGUUUUACUUGAGUUGUAUUUGGCGAUGGUAUCGAAGUAAAUAAACAUUUUUCCAAGGAAUGGGUACAUUUUGUGCCUGUAAAAUUCAACAAUUACAUUUGCCAUCAGCCUUAUUAUAAUACACGCUUAAUAUACGCUUAGUUAACAUCCUAUUUUGGAAACCGGUUGUUGUCUGACGGUAAUCUUUCACCCUUAUUUGACAUCUUAUUUUGAAAACAGGAUGUUGUCUCACGUUAAUCUUUCCGCUAACUUUGCAAAGUCCUUCGCUCGCUCCCGAUCUGUGCCGUUUGAAUGCGUUUACCGUGAAUUUCAGCAUAUAGGCCCACUAAUAUUUAAGUGUUUGCUGGGUUGACCACGGAGAUCCGAGUGUCGGAUACAACAACAAGCUGUUCGGUUUUUAACCAGCCAAUAUAUACGCUUAGAAUAUGAACGCAUAAACCCAACUGUGCUGCUUCCUGUUUCCACAACGGCUUCUCGCCAAUUCAGUAACUGGUGUCUUAAAUCCCUGCGUAAGAGCUUACAGGUAGCGUUUUCGUCGUGGCGCUGUGAGAAUGCAGUCAUUAAAUGCUGAUUUUUUUUUUCAGGCUGCUCCUUUUUGCUGAUAGGUUAACACUUUUUAUUGAGUUCUGAAUAACAAACCUCCCAAUGUGAUGUUUGGCUCUGGUACUAUAGGUGUAGCUUGGGAGGAUUCGGUGCCUGUCAAGCGACACUCCGGCAAAAGACGUUGCCUACACGCAUGCGCGUUGAAUGUGCGCUUAAACGUUCGAAAACAGCAGCGCGAAAAAAAGUAGCUCGGCUGUUGACAACAUGUCUAGUUUGAAAUUGUAUUCGUAAAGAUGUGUAACUGUUAAUACAUUUGUGUCUUGACGGUUUAUAACGUGUUUUAGCGUAAGUCCUUUAUUUGUACAACACAGCUGUUUCCGUUAAUUGUUGCUCAGUUAGCGUUAUGUUAGUUUAGCUGGCCAGACGUUAACACAUUGCGUUACGUUAACGUUGCAUUUGCUUUAAACUAGCUAUCGUUAGCAGUUAUGAAGCCCUUAAGAGGUUCCAACCGGCCCGCAUCGAAAGCACCUAACGUGAAACGCAAGAACAACAAAACGGAUCAGACGACUGAGCAACACGCAUCAGAGCAUCCGGGCCAUGGCAAGGGCACCCAGCCGAAACCAGCAAAGAAGAGGAAAGCUGAAGGCUCCUCUUCAGUCCCAAGUAAAGUCAAAGGUGAGGACAAGUGGAAGCCGAUGCCAGUGUCCUCCAUCAAUACUCUGGAGAGCAUACUGGACUUGUCAAUGCUAGCAACUCUGGCUGUGAGGCGGAAAGAGAAGAAAGAGAGCCAGGAACAUCUGAACAUAAUGAAAACCAGGUUUCUUGCUCAAUGUGCAGAACUCAAAGUUCCAUUGCAACCAAAGAGCGAUUCGCAGCGAUCAUCUCAGCGGCACCAAGAGGAGGCCAAGAAGUCCGUGUUGGGAAAGACGACUCUGAGCACUCUGGAGGUAGACCUGAAAGGUGUGGUCCGUGCUCUGGAGAGGACAGACAAGCAGACCGUCUCCUUACAACACUCGUGCAGCGUGCUGAGGGACCAGGUGGAGGAGGAGGAGGAGAAAGCUAAAGAGAUUUUACAGGUAGCUGAAAAAGCAGAUCUCAAUCUUCCCCCUCUUCCUCCACAAAAAGAUGAAACGAGAUUAGAGGCUCGAUUGAGAAAAAUGGUACCAGACAGCGAGUCUGAGACCACAGCCCGGAAACUGGGAGAACUCCUGCAGAAACCCGAGGCCGCUCAGGACGCCCAGGCGCUGCUUCUAGAGGCACACAACAUGGCCGAUCAGCUCUUCUACCCCGAACGAGGAGACAUCACUCUGUCUUAAUAUUACUCAAUUCCACUUUUUGUGGUUGUGCAAUAAUCAAAUUAAACCCCCCCAAAAAUUGCUGCCACCAUGUGAAGGAAUGUCCGACUUUGGUUUCUAACAGUAGUAGUAGUACUUAAAGAAAAAAGGAAAGACACUGGUCAUACCUGUAUUUUGGUUUCGACUAGAACAUGUUUACAUGCUGUAAUGUAGAAAACCUUAUUUUUCUCAUACGGUCUGAAUAUACCUGUAAUCACCGUCUGUCUGAAACUCUGUUUUGGCUCGUUUUAACAGAAUUGCGUGAAACAGCUUGGCUUCAUGUAAACUUCCUGUCAGCUGAUGUUUUUCACAUGAAGUUCAAAUAUCUACUCAGUAAUCGAGCCUAACACUAGAACAUCAACUUCCUUACAGGAAUACUGUACUUGUAAAUAAAGACAAACUGGUUGUUCAUAAUUUAAAUUCUUCCCCGUUGGACCUUGAAGUCACGAGUGCAUGCUGUUAACAAGUUAAAAACUGACUGCAUGAUCACAUGUAAUUAAACAUGCGAUUUAAAUACAUCGACUUUUGUUUACUUAUGUUUUAAUACAGGAAGAAAAUACAUGUAAAGUGCUUCCAUUAAUUACAGUUGUAUUCAUGUUGUGGACUGUUACAGAACAGGUGUGCUUUUAUAAACAACAAUAAAGCUGUCUCUGCAUUAAUUAUAGUCCAGUUAGACAUGGAUGUGGUACAAUCACAACGAGAACGAUCCUGCAUCGCAUCUACUCUGCUCAGCAUCCUGUGCUUCAGUGCUCUACAAAUCAUACAUUCAUUGGUUUAAUAAGAGGCACAACUGGCACCAGUCAGAUGUAUAGAGGAGGACCUGUUUAGUCUGGACACCUUGGUGGAUCUGAGU